CACCUUAUCUCCAAUUAAUUCAAGCCAAAUCCUAAAGCAACCAUGAAAAGAGGAAAGGUAGUGUUCAUUUCAACACCAGCACUUGGCAACAUUGUUCCAAUUAUUGAGUUUGCUAAACUCUUCACUCAAAAAAACAAAAAUAUUUCAGCCACCAUACUCUUAAUUAACAUCCCUCAAAGACCACUUGUCCAAUCCUAUAUUGACUCUCUCACCACCACCACCACCACCACCGGAAACAUCCAUUUCCUCUCCCUCCCCGUGGCGGAUCCGCCAUCGCUCGAUCAAUUCGACGCAACUAUAGGCUUUUUAUCGCUAUUAAUACAAAAUCACACGUUACAAGUCAAAAAUGCACUUAUUGACCUUAUUUCAGACUCAGACUCAGGGCAAGUUGUUGGAUUCUUUAUUGACAUGUUUUGUACAUCUUUUAUUGAUGUAGCUAAGGAACUAAACAUCCCAUGUUAUCUCUACUUUGCUUCCCCUGCUACUUUCUUGAGCUUCAUGUUACAUCUCCCAGUUUUAGAUGCUCAAGUUAGUACUAAUAUUGAGUACAAAGAUUCAGCCAAUGAUUUCAACAUUCUUGGUUUUUCCAAUCCUGUCCCUAUCAAAUGUUUCCCUUCAUUCAUGCUAAAAAGACAUAUAGAUGGUUAUUCUUGGUUCCCACAUCAUGCAAAAAGGUACAAAGAAACAAAGGGUAUUAUUGUCAACACAUUUCAAGAACUUGAACCAUAUUGCUUAAACUCAUUAGUACAUACUACUAGUCAUGUUGUACCACCAGUUUAUCCAAUUGGACCAGUAGUGGAUCACAAUGGACCAGCUCAAUGGCAUCAAGAUUCUUGGGGUCAUGAAAAUGUUAUGAAAUGGCUUGAUAAUCAAGAACCAUCAUCAGUAAUUUUCUUGAGUUUUGGAAGUAUGGGAAGUCUUAAAGAUUCACAAGUGGUAGAAAUAGCAAAAGGUUUGGAGAAAGCAGGACACCCUUUUUUGUGGGCAAUUAGAGAAGCACCAAAGGAUAAAAGAGAACUUCCAAAUGAUUAUACAAACUUAGAGGAAAUUUUACCUAAUGGGUUUUUAGAAUCAACAAAAGGGAGAGGGCUAGUGUGUGGGUUGGUCCCACAAGUUACAAUCUUGGCCCAUGAGGCUAUCGGAGGAUUCGUAUCACACUGUGGUUGGAAUUCGAUUCUUGAAAGUUUAUAUUACGGAGUGCCAAUCGGUACAUGGCCAAUAUAUGCAGAGCAACACUUGAAUGCAUUUGAGUUGGUGAAAGAGUUGGAUUUGGCUGUGGAAAUCACAAUGGAUUAUAGAGAUGGCACCACAUUGGUUUCAUCAGAGGAAGUAGAAAAAGGGGUUAAAAAAUUAAUGGAUGGUGAUGGUGAGGUGAGACAAAAGUUUAAGAAAAUGAGUGAGAAAUGCAAGGAUGUUUGGAAGGAAAAUGGCUCAUCUUCUAAUUUUCUUGGACACUUGAUUGAAGAAUUAAUGGCUGUGAUUUGAACAAGGGUUGGCUAGUCCAACUUGGUGGGCUUUGUUUGACUACAAAAUUUAGUUGAAUUUUAUAAAGUGAUGAAAAUAAAUUUUUUUUACUUUAUGGUAAUUCUACCUAAUUAUGUAAUUUGGAUUCAAAAAUAAUAAUAAUUAAAGUUACGAUGAUGAAGUACAUCAAUAAAA